UUCACUUCAGAAAGUUCGACGUGUGUGUAAUGUUUAUCUCCGUUCGGCAGUGUUUUACGAAUACUUAAAAAAUGUGCCGCGAGAUUUCUUUAAGUGCUCGGUGGUAAAGUGACGUCGCUGAACAGUUUGUAAAAGUUCUCGUGUUCGUUCGCAGACAUGCGGUGGCGAAGCUUUUCUGUUUUGGCGCUGUUUUUAUAUCUCACUGGAGAUUUAGACGCGUCCUAUGUCAUCACAGUCGAUGUGAGCAAACCCGUUCGAUAUCUGCAACACUUUUGGACAAGCACCGGUUUUUGUCCUCCCCUCCCUCACACUCAGGCGGAUCAGUUUGACCUGAGCCCAGACCAGCAGCUCAGCCUGGCCUAUGUGGGCUCUGUUCCCCACAGAGGGAUCCAACAGGUCAGGAUCCACUGGAUGCUGGAGCUGGUCACCGCACAAGAUAUUGGAGGAGAACCGCAGUACAACGUCACUAAACUGGACCAGCUGAUUGAGCUUUUGUGGAUUAAUGGACUCCAGCCAGAUUUUGAACUGAUGGGCAGCGUCUCCAACUACUUUACUGAUUUUGAGGACAAGGCACAAGUCAUCAAGUGGCGAAACCUGGUUUAUGUCAUAGCUAAGAGGUACAUUGAAAGGUAUGGCUUGGGAAGAGUUUCGCAGUGGAACUUUGAAACAUGGAAUGAGCCCAGCAACCAGGACUUUGACAAUGUCAGCAUGUCAAUUCAAGGAUUUCUCAACUAUUAUGAUGCCUGCUCUGAGGGUUUGCUUGCUGCUAGCAGGCUCCUGAAGUUUGGGGGUCCUGGAGACGCCUGUCACUCCCUCCCACACUCACCGUACUGCUGGGCCAUGUUGGAGCACUGCUACAAUGGCACCAACUACUUCACCGGAGAGACCGGUGUUCGGCUCGACUACAUCGCCCUGCACAAGAAGGGAGGAGGCCACUCCUUGCCUAUCCUGCAGCAGGAGAUCCAGACAGUGGAGGAGAUCCAGAAGCUUUUCCCACGGUUCCGCAGCCUCCCUGUUUACAAUGAUGAGGCUGACCCGCUCGUGGGCUGGUCGACUCCGCAGGAAUGGAGAGCUGAUGUGACAUAUGCUGCCAUGGUGGUCAAGGUUAUCAAACAGCACCAGGAUCUGCUUGCUGAUCCAAACUGCACCAUCAAUUACACCCUGCUGAGUAACGACAACGCUUUCCUCAGCUACCACCCACACCCCUUCACACAGCGCACCCUGACGGCACGCUUCCAGGUCAACAACACCCAACCCCCUCACGUGCAACUGAUCAGGAAACCCGUGCUCACCGUCAUGGGCCUGCUGGCUCUUCUAGGAGACACCCAGGUUGCUGCCGUGGUUGUGAACUCUGCAGGAUCCAGCAGCGGCACAGUGGGAGUUCUUGCCAGCAGCCACAGACCUGAAACAGCAGGCGGUUCCUCUGACAGUUGGCAGGCAGCAGCUUUGGUCUACAACAGUGACGACAACAGCACCUCCAACCGUUCUGAUCAUAUCACUGUGUCACUGACAGGACUGCCUGCACUGAAGGGCCUGGUUUAUGCCACCUAUUACAUGGAUAAUAACGUAAGCAACCCGUACCAGCUGUGGCAGGUGAUGGGCCGCCCUGAUUACCCCACACCACAACAGUUCAGACAGCUCAGGAGUGUGCAGGAUCCUCAGGUUGAUGGACCCUGGCCAGUUCCUGAAGGAGAUACUCUGACUCUGAAGGCUGAACUAUCUGUGCCGUCCGUCCUACUCGUCCAUGUUUGUUCCUGGUCCAAAGGUGUUCCAGAACAGGUUAAUGGUUUACGCUUCAUCAGGAUCACCAGAGGCCAAGUCCUGAUUGUCUGGUCGGAUCACUGUGUUGAUUCCAAAUGCAUAAAGACUUUUGAAGUGGAAUUCUCCAAAGACCAGCAGACAUUUAGCAGAAUUAAUAUCCAGGACACCAUUUUUACUUCAUACGUCCAUUCACCAGUGGAGCAGGAAGUUGGCGGCCUGUACAGAGUUCGAGCGGUGGACUACUGGAGUAGGCCUGGGCCAUACUCGCUCCCUGAGAGGUAUUCAGAGGACAUCUAAUUCAUUAAACACCAUGUUUGUUCAUUAUGUUGUACGGAGCAUCAACAGUGGAUACGUUUUCCUUCAGCAACGUGACACAGGAGAGACACAAGUCUAUCGAGGAGCGCAUUCAGCAAAA